GGCGCUGGGUGAUGCUAGGAGCCUCGGAGUUGGAGAAUCCGCUCUGGAUUUGGUCUCUUCGGGGAUUACUCUGAAUGAGUUUGCUAUAAACAGCUCGGCUUACGAAAACUCAGAGGGAAGGUGCAUUCAGGUGCUCGCCAUGUCAGUGGUUGGCAUCGAUGUGGGUUUCCAGAACUGCUAUAUCGCUGUGGCCAGGAGCGGCGGCAUUGAAACGGUGGCCAAUGAGUACAGUGACAGAUGCACACCGGCUUGUGUGUCUUUGGCCUCCAAAAACCGGAUGAUUGGAAAUGCAGCCAAGAAUCAGAUCAUAACGAACUUUAAAAACACUGUACAUGGCUUCAAAAAGUUUCACGGCAGAGCGUUUGAUGAUCCGUUCGUCCAAUCAGAGAAGAGCAAGCUGCCUUACAGCCUCAGCAAGCUAGCCAAUGGUAGCACUGGGAUUAAGGUGCGCUACCUGGAUGAGGAGAAGGUGUUCACGGUGGAGCAGAUCAGCGGGAUGCUGUUCACCAAACUGAAGGAGACGUCAGAGAGCGCGCUGAAGAAGCCGGUGGUGGACUGCGUGGUUUCUGUCCCGAGUUUUUUCACAGACGCAGAGAGACGGUCAGUCCUUGAUGCGACUCAGAUUGCAGGGCUGAACUGUUUGCGACUAAUCAACGACACCACAGCAGUGGCGUUGGCUUAUGGCAUCUACAAACAAGACCUCCCUGUGCCUGAGGAGAAGCCCAGGAACGUGGUGUUUGUGGACAUGGGGCAUUCAUCGUUCCAGGUCUCCAUCACUGCUUUCAACAAGGGGAAACUCAAGGUUCUCGCCACAGCGUUUGACCCGCACCUCGGAGGGCGUAACUUCGACGAAGCCUUGGUGGAUUAUUUCUGCGAAGAGUUUAAGACAAAGUACAAGCUGAACGUGAGGGACAACCCGAGGGCUUUGCUGCGGCUGCAUCAGGAAUGCGAGAAGCUGAAGAAACUCAUGAGCGCCAACUCCUCUGACCUUCCUCUCAACAUAGAGUGCUUCAUGAACGACAUCGAUGUUUCCAGCAGGAUGAACAGGACUCACUUUGAAGAAAUGUGCGCUCAGUAUCUGAUGAGAGUGGAGGCGCCGCUGAAAACGGCCUUUGAACAAUCGAAGUUGAGUCGGGACGACAUCUAUGCAGUGGAAAUUGUCGGAGGAGCCACGAGAAUCCCGUCCAUCAAGGAGAGAAUCACCAAAUAUUUCUGCAAAGACGUCAGCACCACGCUGAACGCUGACGAAGCUGUAGCCAGAGGCUGCGCGCUUCAGUGCGCAAUUUUAUCUCCAGCGUUUAAAGUGCGGGAAUUCUCCAUCACAGAUGUGGUUCCGUUUCCGAUCACUCUCCGCUGGAAGUCGCCCACAGAGGAUGGACUGGGAGAAUGCGAGGUUUUCAGUAAGAACCAUGCUGCUCCAUUUUCCAAGGUGAUCACAUUCCACAAGAAGGAGCCCUUUGACCUGGAAGCGUUUUACAGCAACCCUCAGGAGCUCCCCUACCCGGACCACAGGAUAGGCUGCUUCUCAGUGCAGAACGUGGUUCCUCAGCCAGACGGAGACAGUUCAAAGGUAAAGGUCAAAGUGCGCGUCAACAUUCAUGGCAUCUUGAGCGUGUCCAGCGCGUCGCUCAUAGAGAAGCUGAAAGGGGAAGCGGAGGACAUGCAGAUUGAGUCGGAGCCACCAAUGCAGAAUGAAGGCCAAGCAGAGGAGCAGAGCAAAAUGCAGGUGGAGCAGGAGGGUCAAGGUCAGGCGGAGGGGCCGAGCGAGGACGGCAGCUCCAGCACUAAGGAAGGGGCAGCUGCAGAAAAGCAGGAUGCAGCAGCUGGAGGCAGCAAGCCAAAAGUGAAGGUGAAGAGUAUCGAUCUUCCCAUUGUGGCCAACAACAUUCGGCAGCUGGACGGAGAUGUUCUUACAAACUUUGUUGAGUAUGAGCGUCAGAUGAUUUGCCAGGACAAACUGGUGAAAGAACUGAACGACGCUAAAAACGGCGUGGAAGAGUACGUGUACGACCUGCGGGAAAAGCUCUGCGGGAUUUAUCAGAAGUUCAUCACCGAGGAGGACAGUAACCGACUGACGCUGAUGCUGGAGGACACGGAGAACUGGCUGUACGAGGAGGGAGAGGACCAGCCGAAAAACGUCUACAAGGAAAAGCUGGGCACUCUCAAGAUGCUUGGUGAGCCCAUUCAAGAGCGGCACAGAGAGAGCGAAGAAAGGCCAAGAGCUUUUGAAGAACUGGGGAAGAAACUGCAGCUCUACAUGAAGUUUGUAGAUUCCUACAAACAGAAGGACGAGCGAUUCUCACAUUUAAGCCCAGAGGAUGUGAGCGCUGUGGAGAAAUUUGUGAAUGAAAGCAUGGGCUGGAUGAACAACAAAAUAAACGCACAAAGCAGAACUGCAAUAACUCAAGACCCAGUGGUUAAAGUAGCAGAAAUCAUUGCAAAAAUCCAGGAACUGGACGAUGUUUGCGGCUCGGUUGCCAACAGGCCAAAGCCGGUCGAGGAGGAGCUGUCUGACGUUGGCGAACAGGCGGCUCACAACGGCCCCACAGCCAGGCAGGAAGCAGACGGGAAGGGAAACCAGCAACCAAAGCCUGGAGCGAAACACAUGGAGGUGGACUGAGGAGCGGACUCUGACAAUCGUCGUUCUCCAUCAUGCCCCUGCUAGGAAGUAGAAAAAUAAAGUAAAAUCUGGGCGAAACGUCUCAGGCGUCACCAGCCUCCUCCGUGGAUUGUUUUUGUGUUCUCUCCCAUCAAACUUUAAGCCUUCAGACCGUUUAUUCCCACGUGUGACAGUGCUGUGUUUUACUCUCUCACAUCUUCCACAUGCAAGUAAAAGAGUUCUGUAACUGGUUAAAUUCAGAUUAUACCAGAAAGAUCCAUCCAGUAUCACCAGUAAUCCCAAAGACCAUUAAGAAUAAUAAGUACUGUCCAAGCAACUGUUAAUGCAGAACAAUUAGUUCGACUGCGAAAAUACAAAUCCUGUAUAUGUAUGUUUUUAUUGGGUUAAAGUGAUGCUGAUGUCUAGAAACUGUAAAUAUGAUUUUAGUAAAUAAAAUCAGACUGGAUAAAUAUAAAUGUCUUUUUCCUAAUGUUGCAAAACCAUAUUUACUCAGUAAAAUCCAUGUGUAUUUUUAUGACUUCCUGUUUUUAGUCAUAAAAUGUAAAAUUAGCAACAAUUAUUAAAACCUAAAUGAAAAAAAAACAUUCUUUAAACAUUCAGGAGCUCUAUUGUGCCUCAUGGUAACUGAGGACUGUCUCCAAACAAAAUGUUCCCAUUAUUACCUGUUUUUCAUUUAACUUAACCAAUUCAGAUUUCUUUUUUCUUCAAAAUUGCUGAAUUUUAGCAUUUUUCCAGUGAGCUGAGCCUCUCUAACUGCACUGGCUGCCAGUCUAUGGGCGAAUGCUCCUCCUGUCUGAACGUCUAACAUAUGAACUGAUUUUCCAUAAUUUAGCUCGUGUAUAUAAUGUACAGUGUUUGUUGUCACCAACUGUGUGUGUAACGUGUUUCGUGUGCUGAGGAUACAUCAGAAACGGCAGAGAGCAGCCAGGAGGUGAGGCAGGCAGUUCUCCUGCCUCAUGGCAGGGGGCGCUCAUGAUCCCAGACAUUGUGACUGUGAGAACAGUCAGGGUGCUCCUUCUGCUUGGUUGCUUCUGGCUUGUUGCGCCUUGGACAGUGUUCAUAGUUGAGCAUUGUUUACAUUAAUGCAUUGCCUCAAAUGCUAUGUUUAAUGGUGCAGAGAGUUGUGACAUGGGCAACCACCCAGGGCAUUAUCUUUUUAGGGGUGGCAGGAGACCUCUGUGGAUUGUUGCACGGAGAUGGAAGCAAAGCAAAAUGAAAAAGAGUUUGAAUUGAUAGUGAUACUGGUUAAAUUUUUUUCAGCUUUAUGAAAUAAAUUUGGGUUAAUCUGGGUUGUUUAUGGGAAUGUGGCUCUUUCAGAUCAAUUUGAGAAGCAAUUUUGUUAGGUGCACUUAAUUUUAUUGUGUCAUGUAGGCGCUGGUCUUGGGUUAGGUGGUCUUGACCACAGCACUGCUAUGUGGCUCGUUGAAUGCAUGUCCUUCCCCACCUGCCUUCUUUCCACCACCUGUCUGUUGGAUUUCUUUCAAAAUAAAUGCCUCUCGUGGCAAAAAAG